UUAACGUAUUUAACAUGCAGAGUUUAACGACUAAAGCCUUUAUUUUAGGUAUGAUAUGGCCGAUAUAUCUAACUAUUGCAGCGUCUAAUAACCAGACAGCAGCUAAUAUAGAGGAUAAACGGGCAAUAUUGGGACAAUUUCCCUGGUAUGUUUUAAUAAAAAUAAACGCAACUGAAGAAGAAAUACAUGUAUGUGGCGGUUCCAUUAUAUCUAAUAAAUGGGUUUUAACAGCGGCCCAUUGCUUUUCUGGUCCUUUACAUAUACAGCUAGUUUUUGGAAUUAUAGAACUGAACAAUAACGGCACAACAAUGAUCUCUAGUAAAGUAUUUGUACAUCCUCAAUACGAUGAGAAUACUUUGAGAAAUGAUAUUGCCCUGAUUGAACUACCCGAGGAAUUGGAAUUUACCGAUAAUAUACAACCGAUUGCAAUGGUAUCUUCAGCGAAGGCAUCAAAUAAUUUCAUUAAUGAUAAAGCCAUUAUAACUGGUUUCGGUGUAACCGAAAAUUCCGUUUUUUCCGACUUUUUACUUUGGACGAUUUUAGAAAUUGUCAAUAAUAGUGUAUGUGAUAGAGUGUAUAUUACAGAAAUGAGCGAUACAGAAAUGUGUGUGAUUAGUGGUAGUAAUAUGUCUGCUUGCACUGGAGAUUUUGGUGGUGCUUUAGUUUGGAAAAAUGAAAAUGAUGAAAUGGUGCAGAUUGGCAUAUUUUCGUUUUUUAAGGAUAGCUGUUUGGAAACUCCAACGGGUUUUACUAGAGUACCGUCGUAUUUAGAUUAUAUUAAGAAUAUAACGGGUUUAAAUUUUUGAUUAACUGUAAAAGAUAUGUAAUUUUAAUGAAAAGAAAAUAUAUUUAAAAAAGACAGAUA